GUUACAGCCGUUGUGUAUUCUUCCCGGGAGGGGCUCAGAGGGAGCAUCGGCCAAAAAAAAAAUAGGUUUACAAUGAACCGGAUCAGGAUCCACGUGCUGCCCUCCAGUCGGAGCAGAGUGCCGCAGCCUCCCCGCCUUCAGGAGCAGAUGACCUGCGCUUACGUCCUGCGCCCCUGCCCUCAACCCAGACUGGAGGGUCAAGAAUUCUGCAUCAAACAUAUUCUGGAGGACAAGAGCGCACCGUAUAAACAGUGCAGUUAUGUGUCCUCCAAGAAUGGCAAACGGUGCCCCAAUGCAGCCCCAAAGAUGGAGAGGAAGGAUGGUGUGGCCUUUUGUGCUGAACAUGCACGGAGGAAUGCUCUGGCACUCAGGGCUCAGAUGAAGAAGGCAUGUUCAGCUCCUUCAGCUGAAGGUCUGCUGUCUCAGCUCAGCGGGUACCACCGCACAGAUGCCCACAGCCUGGAUGGCCGCUCAGAGGCCAGUCGCAUCCUAGAAGAGGACAGUUUAAGUGAGGAGGAGCAGAAUCCUCUGGGGCUGGAUCAGACCUGGAGAGGGGAGCCGGACAGUGAAGCAGAUAGCAAUGACAGUGAACACGAGGAUCCACUCAAACACGCCGGAGUGUACACAGCCGAGGAGGUGGCUCUAAUAACUCGAGACAAACUGAUCCGACUCCAGUCUCUUUACAUUGAUCAGUUCAAACGGCUCCAGCACCUGCUCAAAGAGAAGAAACGCCGCUACCUCCACCACCGCAAGGUGGAGCACGAGACGCUUGGGAGUAGUCUGCUGACCGGGCCUGAAGGUUUGUCCCUGAAGGAGCGCGAGAACCUGAAGAAGCUCAAAGCUCUGCGUCGCUAUCGACGGCGAUAUGGCACCGAGGCCCUGCUCCAUAGACAGCUGAGGGAGAGGAGACAGGCACUUACAGACGGCGCUCCUCAGCCGUAUGUUCGAACAGUGACAGAAAUGUGUGCCGCAUUUGUAGACGGGGGACGCUGUUCUAACCCCUGUCUCCCCAUGACCCGACACUGCCUCACACAUAUUCACCAGGACAGCAGCCAGGUUCUGUUCAGACUGUGCCCUGGUUUAAAGGACUUACCCUGUGACCGCACUGUCCAUAUGGGACAGUCUGAGGAGCCACGCUGCCCGCUUCACCUGCCCCUGCCCCCUCCUCUGUACCAGCCUGACGCACAACCGCCCCCUGCAACGGACCCACCCUCCACCAGAGACCUGUACCUGAGCGCCGCCGAGCUGCAGCCCACAGAGAGUCUUCCUCUGGAGUUCAGUGAUGACCUGGACGUAGAGGGAGAUGGUAUGCAAUGCCCCCCCUCCCCUCUGCAGUUCGACACAGCUCUGGCUCUGGAGGACCAGACGAUCAGAGCCAUCGCAGAGGCCCCCAUGGACAUCCUCACUGGAGAGACCCCCGAUGAGCUGGAGGGGUCCGGCCUCAGUGAGAGGGAUGUUGACUCCAUCAUCGAUGAUCAGGUGGUGUCAGAGGUGAUCAGAGCCGAGGAGGAGGCCACAGAUAACUCUCUUCAGGAUCUGGACGGCUCCACAGCUCCAAGAUGAUCCAUCCAAUUACAGACCUACAGUCACAUUUACACUAACCCUCUGUGAAUCAGAUGGGCUCGUCUACAGACUCACUUUUAUUCACAUCAAAGGGAAUUUGACUUAAAUAGAUGGAGUAAUAUAACCGUAAUGAUUGAAUUCAAGUUAAGAUUUGUUUAAAAUGUAAAAUACUUGAAUUGGACACUAUUAAUUUGAAUCACUGUUCAUUAAAAACAACAUUCCUUCAAAAAA